AGCGGAUCCGACGCCCCGGGCGCCUCCUCCCCGCACUCUCCUCGCCCCCCUUCCACAGUCCCUCCCAUCCAUUACGCCGAGGGCGAGAAAAAGCAGAAAGGGGAGAGAGAGAAACUAAACCCGACUAGGCGCACCAAACCCAACCCACAACGCACGCACGCCGCCGCCGCCAUCUCCGGCGACCGCGGCGACCACCGCGGCGCCCAAACCCUAGGGCUGCCGCUAUCCCCUCAGCGCCUGGACUCUGAUGCGUCCCAGCCCAUGGCCCCCCACCUCCGUCUCGCCCCCCAGGCCCGCCUCCUGUUGCUGGUGCUCGCUGUCGCCCUCGGCCUCGGGAGUGCCGCCCCCGGCCCGGGCCACGGGCCGGAGGCGUCAGAUCGGGCCGAGCCGGACCCGUACUCGAUCCUGACGUGGCACGACUACUCGCCCCCGUCGCCGCCGCCCCCGCCGCCGCCGCCGGCGGCGCCGGCGGCGACCUGCGCCGACGACCUCCAUGGGAAGGGGGACUUCAGCACGACCUGUGAGCUAUCCGAAGAGGUCCAGCUGGACGGCGACGUCUACAUCACCGGCAACGGCAGUCUGGUCCUCAACUCCGGUGCGGCCCUGACCUGCGAGAAGCCCGGGUGCGUCAUAUCAGCCAACCUCUCCGGCGAGGUGCGUCUCGGCCGCGGCGUGCGGGUCGUUGCCGGGUGGGUCUCCCUCGCGGCCGCUAACAUCACAAUCGCCGACACGGUCAUUGUGAACACUAGCGGUCUAGCCGGCGAUCCGCCUGACCGCACCAGCGGCGUCCCCACGGGGACGCACGGGGAUGGAGGUGGUCACGGCGGUCGAGGUGCGAGCUGCUACGUCAAGGAUGGGCAGUCGCAGGAGGACUCAUGGGGAGGUGAUGCCUACGCAUGGUCAGACCUUGAGCACCCGUUUAGCUAUGGAAGCAAAGGGGGCUCUACUAGUGUUGAGAAGGACUACGGUGGCGUCGGCGGUGGUAUCUUGUGGCUGUUUGCGGAUGACCUGCUAAUGAAUGGUACAGUGCUCGCAGAUGGUGGUGAUAGCAGUGAUAAGGGCGGGGGUGGUUCUGGUGGGAGCAUCUAUAUCAAGGCCGAGACUAUGCAUGGUGCUGGCAAAAUCAGUGCUUCUGGAGGCAACGGUUUGGCUGGGGGUGGUGGAGGACGGGUUUCUAUUAAUGUUUUCAGUAGGCAUGAUGAUACCCAGAUAUUUGUUCAUGGUGGAAUGAGUUCGGGCUGCCCAGAUAAUGCAGGAGCUGCUGGAACUCUUUAUGAUGCAGUACCUAAGAGUCUUGAUGUUAACAACAAUAACAUGAGUACACAGACUGACACUCUUCUGUUGGACUUCCCAAAUCAGCCACUAUGGACAAAUGUUAACAUCAGGAAUCAUGCCAAAGUUGUUGUGCCCUUGCUCUGGAGUCGUGUUCAGGUUCAAGGGCAACUUAGCCUAAAAUCUGGUGCUGUUCUGACGUUUGGAUUGACCGGUUAUCCAUACUCGGAGUUUGAACUGAUGGCUGAGGAGCUUCUUAUGAGUGACUCAACAAUCAAGGUGUUCGGUGCUUUGAGAAUGUCUGUUAAGAUGCUCCUUAUGUGGAACUCCAGAAUGCUUAUUAAUGGCGGUGGAGAUUCAGUAGUUGCGACGUCCUUACUGGAUGCUAGCAAUUUGAUAGUCCUGAAGGAAUCAUCUGUGAUACAUUCUACCGCUAAUCUUGGAGUUCGCGGUCAAGGUCUGCUGAACUUAUCUGGAGAUGGAGACAUAAUCGAGGCACCACGUCUUAUUUUGUCACUGUUCUACAGCAUACGAGUUGGACCUGGCUCCAUUUUACGGGGUCCACUUGUAAAUGGAAGUAACGGCGAUGUGUCCCCAAAGCUGAACUGUGAAGAUGAGAGUUGCCCUGUAGAAAUAAUUCAUCCACCAGAAGAUUGCAAUCUGAAUUCUUCACUGUCAUUUACUCUCCAGGUAUGCCGUGUAGAAGACAUUGAUGUCUGGGGUCUCGUACAAGGAACUGUAAUUCAUUUCAAUAGGGCAAGAAGUGUUACUGUUCACACAUCUGGGACUAUCAGCACAACAGGAUUGGGCUGCAAAAGUGGAAUAGGACGAGGAAGAUUAUUAAGUAGCGGCCUAAGCGGUGGUGGUGGACACGGUGGUAAAGGGGGGAACAGUGUUGUUAAUGGAAGCCGUGCUGAGGGUGGACCUACAUAUGGUAAUGCCGAUUUGCCUUGUGAACUUGGCAGUGGAAGUGGCAAUGACUCAACAGGGCUUUCCACAGCUGGUGGUGGUAUAAUAGUGUUGGGCUCAUGGGAGUAUUCUCUACCAAGUCUCACGCUCUACGGUACAAUAGAAUCAAAUGGUGGUAGUUUGACUGAUGCUGUAACUAAUUCCUCCAUUGGACCUGGUGGUGGUUCUGGGGGUACGGUUCUUCUAUUUGUGCGCACUUUGUCCCUAGCAGAGAGUUCCGUCCUUUCGAGUGUUGGUGGCUUUGGUCGAGCUGGCAGCGGUGGGGGUGGAGGGGGAAGGAUUCACUUUCACUGGUCUAACAUUCCUACUGGAGAUGAGUAUGUUCCUGUUGCAGCUAUUAAAGGAUCAAUACUUGCAAGCGGAGGAAUCAGCAAAGGGCCAGGAUUCCCUGGUGAGAAUGGAACAGUUACAGGAAGAGCUUGCCCAAAAGGUCUUUAUGGUACAUUCUGCAAGGAAUGCCCUUUGGGAACAUACAAGAAUGUUACUGGAUCUUCAAAAUCUCUCUGCUUUCCGUGCCCUUCAGCCGAACUUCCUCGCCGUGCCGUGUACACAAGUGUCCGAGGAGGGGCUGCUGAAACUCCAUGCCCGUACAUAUGUGUGUCAGACAGAUAUCGCAUGCCUCACUGUUAUACUGCUCUUGAAGAGUUAAUAUACACUUUUGGGGGACCUUGGUUAUUUGGUCUACUUCUUUCAGGCCUUCUUAUUUUGUUAGCUCUUGUUUUAAGUGUUGCUCGGAUGAAAUUUGCUGGCACUGAUGAGUUACCCGGGCCAGCACCAACUCAACAAGGGUCGCAGAUUGAUCACUCCUUCCCUUUCCUAGAAUCACUAAAUGAGGUCUUGGAAACUAAUAGAGCUGAAGAAUCACAUGGUCAUGUACACAGGAUGUAUUUCAUGGGCCCAAACACCUUCAGUGAACCUUGGCAUCUCCCACACACCCCAGCAGAACAGAUUACAGAGAUUGUGUAUGAGGAUGCAUUUAAUCGAUUUGUCGAUGAGAUAAACACACUUGCAGCUUAUCAGUGGUGGGAAGGAUCUAUUUACAGUAUCCUUUGUAUACUUGCAUACCCUUUGGCUUGGUCAUGGCAACAGUGGCGUAGAAGAAAAAAAUUACAAAGACUUCGUGAAUUUGUUCGCUCUGAGUAUGAUCAUUCAUGCUUACGGUCUUGCCGUUCGCGUGCGCUUUAUGAAGGUCUCAAGGUGACUGCAACCCCAGAUCUAAUGUUGGGAUAUUUAGAUUUCUUCCUUGGUGGAGAUGAGAAAAGGCCUGAUCUUCCUCCUAGACUUCGUCAAAGGUUUCCGAUGUCCUUGAUUUUUGGUGGUGAUGGAAGUUACAUGGCUCCAUUUUCACUUCAUAGUGACAGUGUGCUGACCAGUCUUAUGAGCCAGGCUGUGCAACCUUGGAUAUGGCACCGUCUUGUAGCUGGAUUGAAUGCGCAGCUGCGUUUGGUUCGACGUGGAAAUCUCAAAGCAACAUUUCUUCCUGUCCUUAAUUGGCUUGAAACUCAUGCGGAUCCUGCUUUGGGCGUGAAUGGUGUACGUGUCGAUCUUGCGUGGUUCCAAGCUACAGCAUUAGGGUAUUGCCAACUGGGUCUUGUUGUUUACACUGUCGAGGGAGAACCAGUGACUGCUGAACUUGAUGGCAGCCCAAGAAUUAAAAUAGAGCAGCAUUCGCUAGUGCAGGACAUGCUUGCUGAUGCUCAACUAAGCCGCUCAAGGAUUAAGGAUGUUUUUAUGCGGAAAAGGAUUACUGGUGGCAUUCUAGAUAGUACUACCUUACGGACACUUAUAGACAGGAGAGAUUUUCUGUACCCGUUUUCUCUUAUCUUGCACAAUUCUAAACCAGUUGGGCAUCAGGAUCUUGUUGGCUUAGUAAUCUCAAUAUUGCUCCUGGCGGAUUUCAGCUUAGUGUUGCUUACUUUUCUCCAGCUAUACUCAUACUCAAUGGCCGACGUUCUCUUAGUUCUGUUUGUUCUUCCUCUUGCGAUACUGUCGCCUUUCCCUGCUGGAAUAAAUGCUCUUUUUAGUCAUGGACCACGGCGAUCAGCAGGCCUUGCUCGUGUAUAUGCAUUGUGGAACAUUACUUCACUGGUUAAUGUUGUUGUGGCUUUGAUAUGCGGAUUCGUUCACUAUAAGUCGUCAACCAAGAGACAUCCAAGCACACAGCCAUGGAACCUUGGAACGGAUGAAAGCGGCUGGUGGCUGUUUCCGACUGGACUCAUGUUGUUGAAAUGCAUCCAAGCAAGGCUUGUUGAUUGGCAUGUGGGUAAUCUAGAGAUCCAAGACCAAGCGGUAUACAGCAAGGACCCGAACAUAUUCUGGCAGUCGUGACAUCUGGUUUUAACAGAGGUGCUUUUGAUAGCUUUUUACAACUCGAUUUUUUGGGAGUUGAUAAAAGAAAAGGAGUGGGGGGCAGCUCGGCCUUUCUUUAUUGACCAGGCCAAAGAAGCAACUACAGUGCUAUAUAUGCAUACUUCCUCGCCCCUUGUUUAAUCAUAUGCAGGCACACAACCUGUGUUCUGUUUGUAUAUAUAAAGGUGUUCUCGAUCCAUUCUUUGUAGGAUUUAGACACCAUAGAAUUAAAAACAAAUACCCAAGCUAACUGAAGAGAGGGGGGGAUGUCAUUUUGUUGUUUGUGCUUGUUGUUGCUGUUGUGUUACUGUUAUGACCUUGCCCCUUGUGUUGAGCUGGGCAUGGCAUCAGUGUGUAACUUGAGUUGUAUCUUGACUGUAUAAAACAAGAACUAACACGCCUCAUGGUUUUCAUUAACAAAUAGUAGCAAGGUUCAUAUCA